GAGAAGCGCAAGGACUCCGACGUCUCUGGCCCAUUAGAGCCACAGCGCGUUCAGGUCGAGGAGCCACUGGCGCUGGCCUCUGCGCCGCGCCCUGCGGCCGGCGGGGGGGCCGGCGGCAGGCGGGCGCGAUGCCACCAGGGGCGCCAGUUUGCGCACUGCGACGAUCGACGCAGGUUCCGUCCUGUUGCCGGUUGACAUGUCGGCGCCCUCCUCGCACACACCGCAACGGCCGGCGCCGCGAGUCCUGCAGACCGGGCUGCCGCGACCGGCGCAGCAGACCAGCGCAGGCAGCGCGACCGAGCCGCGCGGCUCCUCGGCAGAGCCGCGCACCGCUCUGCACGAGGGCGUCGACGAGGACUGAGCCGGCCUCGCUGGACGCGAACCUGGCCGCCCUCGCCAGCCUCACGAGGUACUCGAACCCGGGGCGAAGUAUCGUCGCAGCCAGGACCCGGCGUCCGGCCGCGUGCGCGGCUCCGCGGCCGCCGGCGUCGACGGCGGCCGCGAGUUCGCGGAGCCCCUCUCGGCUCGGCGUGCCCAGGCCGCCGGCGGUGCCCUCCCCGAGCCGACUGCCGGCACGCGGUUCGGCGGCCUGGCCCAGGGGAGCUGGAAUCCUACGACUGCCGCCGGGGGGUUGUCGAGCCGGAGAAUGCAGCGACGUACAUGCAAGGGGUCGACGAGCUGCUCCGCGCCGACUCCGACGCAGAAGCCCGCUCUCGGUCGGCGACGCGCUCGCCGUCCCCGCCGAGGGCACCGAGACGAGGCCGGGCCGGAGGUGCCCGCCGACGGGAAGCGUCGCCUCUUGGCAAUUCCUCACGCACUCAGAGGUCACUGGACCAGCUGCCCCUGCUGCGGCCCUCGCGGUGAGCCUGGCCGCUCGGGCGCGCGUCCGCUCGCGUGGCGGCCUCGCGCGGGGCUGUGGGCGGGAGGGGGGGGGGGAGCAUCAAUGUGCCCCUGGAGGAUGGGCCUUGUCUGUCCGGCGUAGCGUUGACGUAUCACCUAGCGGUUGCCUAGCUUACAGCAAGCUCGGUUGCCAACUGCAACGCGCGUGGUAUCCAGGAUGUGUUAGACUGCCCUGUUUUUCGCAUAGCGGCAACUGUGUAUAUAGCAAAGCGGGAGGCAGAUGCCCACUGCGGGCUCUCGCUGCCCGCGCCGGCGGAUCGGCACAGCUCUGGUUGCAGGGCGCUCCGCUCGUUGGUGCGCCGCGGGCGCCGUCCGCGUGUCCUGAGAGGGGCGCCGUCCUCAGUGGCGAGGCCUCUUCUCAGGGCGCGGGGGGCCGUGCACGGCGGCGGAUUUGCUGUUAG